UCUCACUCUCACUCUCACACUCACAAAAAUGGAUGUCUUAAUUUUUAGGUCUCUCUAUAUUAAGACCUUGUAACUGUAAAAUAGUGCUAUCUAUUGCUAUACAUAGCACAAAGCCUUUAUAGUUGUUACAACAUUUACAACAAACUUCAUCUUUCUUGCAGUUAAACCAAACUUAGAUAACCAAUACUAAGGUUAUACUUGCAUUAUAUUUCUUUGCACAUGAAUCUUCAAUGCCUAAAACCUUCUAUGGAUAGAAAACACAAAAAUGAUUCAUCUCCUCAACUUGUACUUGAUCUAAGUCUCUCUAGCAAGGAUCCAUGUGGUGAUUCAAAGUCAGAACUCAACCUCCUUAAUUGUUUCCAUGCAAAUUUAUCGGAAAGCUCCUCCGAAUCUAGUCAUGAGAAUGAACUUGAUCCGAGAGUUUUUUCAUGCAACUACUGCCAAAGAAAGUUUUAUAGUUCUCAAGCACUUGGAGGACACCAAAAUGCACACAAGCGCGAAAGAACUUUGGCGAGAAGAGGCUAUACAACUAGCAUGGCUUCUUCUCUACCUUCUUAUGGCUUGUGUAACAAAUCACUUGGCAUUCAAGUGCAUUCUAUGAUUAACAAACCUUCUUAUCAAACACCCCUUUUUGGAUUUUGUUCAAAUGGACAAAAUGGAUGGAGAAGACAAAACUUUGAUUCACAACCAGCAAUUGGAAAGCUUCCAUUAGGAAAUUUUCAUGUGAGGGAUGAAGUUGAAUCAUCCUUUGGUGGUGGCAUUUCAAGGGUAGCCAUGUUUCCUAAAAGGCUUGCAAAUGAAGGACUUGGAGGUUACUUAUUCGAUAGUAACACUUCUCAUUUGCAGUCUAAACAAGAGAAGUUGCAAAAACUUGACUUAUCUCUUAAGCUCUAAGUAUAGCUUCCUUCGACCAACAUGUCAUUUGUUUGAAUCUGGCCGGAAGAAUUAUUGGUCAGACUUUACUUACUUUCUGAUUGAGCUCUGAAUUACCAGAGCCGGUUCCCGUAGGAACCAGAGGAUUAAUACCAAAAAAAUAACACGGUUUAUUUUCUCAUUA